UACUUCUCUACAAGCAUUCAAGUAUUCCCGUCACUUAAAACCAGAUAUUAUAAAAAAUACUUAUAAGCUCUAAGAUUCACGGUCAUUGACGGACAUUUGACCAGCGGGAAAAUCAAAAUGAAAGCGCAAAUGGAGAUCAGGAGCCUGCCACGCGAGGAGUAGAUUUAUUUUCUCUUUAGUUAUAGAAAGUCCGAUAGCUACGCCACAGUACGCUCGCAGCAUGCAAUUUGCAGUUACACCAUUAGCAGCCGAUUUUGCGUUUUGAGGACAGAUUUUUUCAUUUUUGUUUGCUCACCUUGAUCAGCUAAGGCCACCUGUUCAGAAUUCAAAAGGUUCCUCGUGAAUUGACAGAAAUCGGGCCUUAUGACCCAUGUUGUGUGAGUACUGCUGAAAUUGCCGUAAGGGUUUGUUGAGAUAGAUUUCCUGAGCCAGAGAUUUUGAGGUUUGAAUAUGUUAAGCCCGCAGCAAAAGAGGUGGCUGGCACCUCCUGUUUCUCCGUCAACAGACGGAAAAGAGAAUAACAAGGGGGGUUCUGUUGUUGAAGCUCGCUCUCCUCCUAACGGAAGAGCGAGCCCUGUGAACGAGAAUGAAAUGUGGAGGCGCCUGAAAAAAGUGGGUUUGGAUGAAGAGACCUUGCAGAAGAAGGACAAGGCCGCCUUAAUUGCCCACAUCACCAAGUUGGAAACUGAGAUAUAUGAUUAUCAAUAUAACAUGGGGCUUAUAUUGUUAGAGCGCAAAGAAUUGAUAUCUAAAUAUGAGCAGUUGAAACUAACAGCAGGAGAAGCUGAAGGAAAUUUUAAGUGUAACCAAGCUGCUCACUUAGCUGCUAUAGCUGAGGCUGACAAGCGAGAAGAAAGUCUGAGAAAGGCUUUAGGCAUUGAGAAACAAUGUGUAGCUGAUCUUGAGAAAGCAUUACAUGAAAUGCGAGCUGAGUCUGCUGAAAUAAAGUUUGUAUCUGAGACUAAGCUGGCUAAAGCGCAUGAGUUGAUGGCUUCUACUGAAGAAAAGUCUCUCACAGCUGAAUCAAGGUUGCAUGCAGGAGAAGCCUUGCAAGCAGAAGCCAACCGUAAGCGUGCUGAUGCAGAAAGAUUGCUACAAGAUGUUGAAGCUCGUGAAGAUGAACUUCGAAGACAGCGUCAGUCAUUCAAGUCUGAGCGUGAAGCUCAUGAGAAGGAGCUGUUUUUUGAGAGGCAAAACCUGCGAGAGUGGGAGAAAAAUCUUCAAGAAGGCCAAGAAAGGCUGCUGGAUGGCCAGAGACUCCUCAACCAAAGGGAAGAGUAUGUCAUUGAAAGAAACGAAGCCACAAAACAGAUAGAGGAAGAAUUGCAGGACCUAAAAAGGAAUAUCGAGAAAGAGCAGUCAACCUUAAAAGAGAAGGAAGCUGACUUGAGAGGCAGAUUAGCUGAUUUAACAACUUGUCAGGAGGCUCUUGUCAAACAAGAAGUUAUUAUUAAUAAGAAAGAGCAAGAACUACUUUUACUGCAAGAAAAGCUUGCAACUAGAGAACGAGAAGAGAUUCAAAGGCUAACUGAUGAACACCAAGCUGCACUUGAAGAAAGAAAGUCUCUGUUUGAAGAAGAAAUGAAACAGCAACGCAAGGCAGUAGAUGAUGAAUUAGAAAACAAGAGAAAUGCAGCAGAUGUUAGGGAGUUUGAAAUUCAAUGCAGAGAGGAAAAAAUAAGCAAAAGAGAACAACAAGUGGAGAAGAAAGCUGAAAAAUUGAAAGAGAAGGGUAAAGAACUAGAUGCAAGAUUGAGGGAUGUGAAGGAAAGAGAGAAGUCACGCAAGAUUAAGGAAAAAGAAAUUGAGACUCUCUUGAAAAAGCUAGAGAUAGAAAGAGAUGAAAUGAGCAUUUCAAAGCAAGUUCUUGAAAAGUCCAAGGCAGCAUUGGAAGAAGAGAGACAACAGAUCCGUAAAGAACAAGAGAGAUUAGAGCUUACAGAAAAAGAGAGGGAUGAUCUGCGGAUCAUACAAAUCAAAUUAAAAGAGGAGAUUGAUAAUUUCAGACAACAGGAACAGGAACUAUCGAAGAAAGAUGAAGUGUUGACAGUCGAGAAGGAAAAAUUUGAAAGAGAGUGGGAAAUUCUUGAUGAGAAAACAGAGCAACUGAGGAAGGAGUUAGAGAAGGUUGAUGAUGAGAAGAAGAGAAUAUCCAAAUGGCUGAAAAAUGAAGAAGAAAGAUUGAAACAAGAAAAGAGAAGGUUAAGGGAGCAAAUAAAAAAUGAGGAAGAAGCUCUCUGUCUCGAGAAAGAGAGUUUUGCCAAUAGUAAGAAGCAAGAGGAAGCAGAGUUGCUUGCUAACUUUCUGAGGGAACGAGCAGAUCUGUAUCGUGAUAUUGAGUUGCAAAAAAGUGAACUGGAAAAGAGCAUCGAACAAAGACAAGAGGAGUUAGAGAGAAAUUACCAGGUAAGAGACUUAGUGUUUCGAAAAGAGAAACAAAAAGAAAUGCAGUAUAUUAAUGCUCAAAAGGAAUUGUCAAAUAAAGAAUCUCAAGAAAUGAAACUGGAAAGGCAGAGACUUGACAGAGAAAAGCAGGAAAUUGUUAGAACCCGGGAGCACAUAGAUAGAGAGUGGUCUGAGAUGAAAAAGGAUAUUGAAGAAAUGGAGAUCCGAAGAGAGAAGCUUAAGGAACUACGAGAAUCACUGCACAAAGAGAGAGAAGAAUUUGAAGCACAGCUUGACCAACUAAAGAAAUUAAAAGAUGAACUCAAAAUGACAGAAGACAGCUUGAAGCUUUCAGAGCAGCCACCGUCACAGGCCAUUGUGAAUGACUAUGAAGUUAUUUCCCCUGGACAUUUUGAUGGUGGUAUUUCUCAGGCAGCAUGUAGACAGAGUAUUUCUGGCAUACCAUUCAAUGCAGAUGGUUUCUGUUCUGAAACGCAUCUUACCAGAUCAACUGCAAGUGCUUCAGAUACUCCCAGCCCCUUGGCAUGGUUGCAGAAAUGUACUUCACGGAUUUUUAAGAAGUCCCCUGGAGGAGGGACAGAUCCUGCACCGACAGGUCUGAAACAGUGCUUGACACCAGUUGCUAACCUAACUGAAUCUCAACCAUCCUGUUCUGGCAUUAACAAACAUGAAGGGAAUACUAAAGGUAGCCUUAGAGUUUUCAAAAGAACUCGAUCAGUGAGGACUGUUGUAGACGAAGUUAAAAGGAUUUUUGAAGUCACAUCAGAAAGAGAAAAGAGUGAAUCAGACAAUGUGAACCAAUUUCAACAGAAUACUACUGUGAACUUGGCAGAGGGUAAUCAUGCUAUGCUAAAUAGUGAAAAAGAAGUCCAGGCACAUGCAGUUUCUGCUCAGGAUAUUGAUGAAGAAAGAGAAAAAUCACUUGAUAAUAGCAAAAAGGAUUUGCAUCUUGGAAGGAAGAGACGUCGUGAGUAUAUCUCACAAGAUACAAUUGAAAAAAAUACCGAGGAUGUUGAAAUUCAAUCUGAGCCUACUAGUGGAGAGCAAAGAAAAAAACAACGGGAAAUUCCAAACUGUAGUCCUGGACUGGACAGAUCUAAUGGGAAACGGUAUAAUUUUAGAGAUUCUACCAUGGCAAGUAAGAUUGCUACACGCACAUCAUCGACUGAGGGCAAAGACAAGGGCAUUUCCCAUGGAGAAGAAAAUAAUUUUACAAAUUCUACUGAAAAUUGUUUGAAGGAAGUUAGCAAGGAACCUGAGGAAAAAGAGACCAUGCUUUCUCAUGAAAAUGGGGACAAUCUGAAGAAAUCACAGCAAACAUUGCAAGAAGAAUUCAGAGCGGAAUUUCAGGAGGAUUAUUCAUGUGAGCUUACAAGAGUACUUUCAGUCAAUGAAAUUGACAAAGAGACUUCUUCUCCACUUGAGGUUAUAUUGUCUGAGACAGGAGAGCUCUGUGCAGAGAGUGAUGGAAAUAAUGAUAUGGGGGGUAUUUCUCAAGAUAUUGUUGUAACAGAACAAGAAGAUGAAGAGGAAGAUGAACCAAAAUCUUUUAAGGAAAAGGUGUGGGAUUUUCUUACCACAUAAACGAUGUGUAUUAUGAACAAUAGCCAAGUUGAAUGAAUGGUACAGAGUUUCUUCUCAAAGGUGAGUAAUUGUCAUAUAUUUCAUUGUCUAGUCCAGUCUUACUGUAGUCAAUACCUUAUUUGUUCCCAAGAAAUUUGUAUACUCCCUUGGAAGUAAUUGUCUUCAAAUCUUAUCCUGGUCUGUUUAGGUUAACACGGAAUAUCAGUCUUGUGUGCAUUGUUUAUCUGGAGUUCAUAUUGAGUUGAAGGUGUUGUAUUAGCAAUCAUUGUGUGUAUAUGCUGUUGAGUUUUGAUACGGCAGUUUUUGAGAUCAGUAUGUGACGAUGAUGGUUAAUCAUAAGCUGUUUUUGUUAUACCAUCAGAUUCUUAUAAAUGAUAGUUGAUGUUGAAAAUCAA